UCGAAGCCAACAACAAUGAGGUCCAACAGCAACAGCAACACCAACUCCAAAUCUCAAUCUCCUUUCAACAUCAAGCUCGUCCUCAUAUGCGCUUCCGUUCUUCUCUUCCUCCUCCUCAUCACCACCAACUCUUCCUUUUCCAAACCACAAACAUCACCCAUUUCAGAGUCCCACAUCUCAAACUCCACAGAUCCAGUCGACGAGAGCGAGUCAAAGGCAGUAGCAUGCCCAUCACUUCCUUUGACGCCAACAUGCAACAAAACCCCACCGUCUCUGGCCAAUGCCCUCAUCCACUACGCCACCACAAACAUCACCCCACAACAAACCCUCAAGGAGAUCUCUGUUUCAGCCAGGGUUUUAGACAAGAGAUCGCCUUGCAACUUCUUGGUGUUCGGGUUAGGACACGAUAGUCUGAUGUGGACAUCUCUCAACCACGGCGGUCGAACCGUUUUCCUCGAAGAAGACAAGGCCUGGAUCGAACAGAUCAAGGGGAAACUUCCGAGCCUAGAGUCUUACCACGUGGAGUACGUGACCAAAGUUCAGCAAGCAGAUGACCUGAUGGAGACGGGGAUGAAGGAGGAGGAAUGUAAAGUGGUGGGAGACCCUAGAUUCUCCAAGUGUGAGCUUGCUCUCAAAGGGUUCCCCAAUGAGAUUUACGACGUGGAAUGGAAUGUGAUCAUGGUGGAUGCCCCGACGGGGUUCCACGACGAAGCCCCCGGGAGAAUGAAUGCCAUUUACACGGCGGGGUUGAUGGCUAGGAACCGAGAAGAAGGGGACACCGAUGUGUUCGUUCACGACGUGGACAGGGUGGUGGAGGAUAAAUUCUCCAAGGCUUUUCUUUGUGAAGGAUACUUGAGGGAGCAACAGGGAAGGAUCAGGCAUUUCAACAUUCCUAGUCACAGGGCUCGCUCCGGCAGGCCCUUUUGCCCUUGAAUUCAUUACAGACACAG